UUUUCGUUGUUUCAGGACGAUUCCUUGCCCCGAGAGCAGUUGGUGACAAGCGAACGGGUUUGUGUUCGUGGUAGUAAGUAAGACGGGGUAAAGUAUGGUUCACGUCCACAGGAAUGAAAAGAAGCCCGAAAUGCAGCCGCCAUUUUUUUUUCUUUUUUGGUAUUCUCCUGUUCGCAACCUGUUGACUGACAACGUUCUUCAGAAUGCAAUUUUGUGCCUCAUCAUGCACGGCGUUCAUUUCCCGAGAUGUAAUGUGCACAAGGGGAAAAAAAAACCCUCCGGUGCAAAAGUGCAACGAGUCAAGCAUUCAAGCACUCCGCGCACCGACGAGCAUGCCGGACGAGUUUUUCCACGGAAUUCCAAUUCGUUCAUAUUUUUUAUCGUUUUUUUUUCGUGUUGCUUUUCCACGCGCGUUGGUCACGAGCAAGGGAAAUAUAGGGGCCGGGUGGAGGUGGUGCCAUCAUGCGUCCCCCCCCCUCUCAACAUCAUCCACCCCCGGAUCCUGGAGCAUUGAUAAAUCACGGCCCUUCCGGUGCCGUUUCCUUCGAAACGUGCGCACCAGAACGAUAGGAACCAGGGCGACGGCACGUCCGCACAAAUCUCUGCAUAAAUCCGGGUAGUGUUGCGAAUUUUCUGAUUAUUAUCAUGAUUAUUCGCAUUUCACGGCGCGCGCACACAGCCGGCGGUUGGGGUUUCGGUUUCCGGGCACCGGGAAGACCGGGUGGAUGGGGUGGAAAAAACUAUUCCAAUGGAAAACGCGCGAGAGAACGAGCGAUACGAUAUUUUCUUUCGGCGGUUUUGUAUGCUCAUUCCGAAACUCUAUUUAUUCAUUCGCCUGUUUGUUGCGCUGAUUGUGGUUUUAUCCUGCUGCAUUGUUUUUCGUUUCAAUGACUCGGACCACCCGGCACUGUUCGGCUUUUACACUCGUUUUACUUUAUUUUCUUCCGUCGCGUAGCUCGGUAGAUUACUGCUACAGUUGAGCUUUCUCGUUGUUCGGACCGUGGUGCAUUCGCAUCUCUCAAUCAGUGCUGGGCGACCACCACGUUUCGCAAAGCAUCCAAUAAUGACUCGCUCUGGUUUGAAAAUGGGGGGGAAAGGCAAGGGAAAACUCACAGUUUUUCUGGUUCACCGGGUAGAUUAAAGUGCGUUAGGAGGAUGCCAACAAAACUCUACCUUUACCCGGCUCGCAUACAAAACCUUGGGUGUUAAAUAUAUUCUGAACUAUUUAAAAAGCAAAGCAGCAGGUUAAAGUUACACCAAGUAAAUCAGAAACUUUGUAUUCCACAAACAACACAACCCCGAAACGGAAAGCAAGCCGUUGCUGUGUUUCCUCGGCUCAAUCACGAGCCAAAAGAGUACAUGCCGUAAAUUAUAAUGAUGGCUGAUGGCUGGAUUUCGAUGGACGUGGGAUUUGCUGGCCGGCGUUGGUGGGGCACUCGAAGAUCGGAACACGUACGCUCCACGAACGAACGACCGAACGUCGAUGAAAUGAAUCUUGCAUGCCUUCGCCUAUCCCAGGGAUCGCCUUCGGUGUGUGUGCGCCUGCGAAAGCGUGCAAAUUUCCCCGAGGAAAUUAAAGGGAAAAUCUACGCUGAUUGUUUUUCCCUCCCGUUGCCCGUCGACACCACGUGGUGGACAUACGGACGGGCACCCGGUUGUUCGCACCCAAGCUUUGGGUUGGAAGGGGGUCCAUCACCAACCAUCAACAUCCACCCGGCAGCUCUGCCACCCGGUUGAAUCCUUUCGGCAAAUGAUUAAAGACGGUGGUCCUGCUCGAAACGCGGUGGUGAUAUGUGGGAUGAAUAUGAUUUAUGUGCAGCACUGACUGUCAUCGACAGCUGGUGGCAAACGAUUUCAUCAAUCGAGAGACAUCUCGUCGUAUGUGUCACACCGACUGACAGCCCAAAGCAAAGGACACAUCCAGAGGACCGGGACAUGUGUGACACCAGUUAACGAACGAACGGACCGUCGGACGGAUGGAGCUUUAUCAUCUUCAUUUGAGCGCUGCUGCAACGAUAGGUUCCAGCGUGUGAGUGUGGCGUCGCUCGGAAUUUAAGGAAGCGCAAAAGACACUCGCCCUCAUCCCUGUGCUCUGCUGGGCGGUGAAAAGAGUAACGAGACUGAUUGAUAGAACGAGCCCGAGGUUUGAAUAGCUCUGGAGCAGCAGAAAGCGUUUCAAAGUUUGUUGCCCGAUCAAACCGUCCAUCAUACCCGGGACGGGAGAGACCUCACACUAAUGACAGUUGAUGGUCAGCUUGCUGCAUGUCCGAGCGCUGGGUGAGAUUGAUGAAGAGGAGUAGGAGGACAAUUGUUUGGCAGUGUAUUCUAUUUAACAAAAAUAAGUUCCUUUGUUUUCUCUCUCUCUUUAGCUUCUUUUUAUCUCAUCCUAUUUCACAGAUCGCCAUGCGUCCCUCCAUUUCCAAAGAACACGAACAACACCCAUCACAUCCAGAGCGGACCACAAUUUAACUAAAUGCUUCUCUUUCGAUUACCGCAGAAUGUCCUUUUAAAUUUUACACCUCACUAAUUUAGCGUUUUCUUGUAACCUUCCACCACUACUUCACUCGUACAAAGGUACCGGCUUCUUCCUUUUCCUUUCACUGACACCCGGUCCAAACCAACGACGACCGGCGCAGUCGUCGCAGCAGCGAGCAAUUCCAUCAAUAUUAUGACAGAGGGCACCGCCGCGACGGUUGAAUGUUUGGAUAACACACUGGACGGUCUGAACGAGCAGCAGCAGCAGCAGGAGCAGGAGCAGGAGCAACAGCACCAGCAAGAGCCACAGGAGGAACAGGAGGAACAACAGGAGCAACACCACCUAGAGACGGGAACGGUCGGUGUACGUAUCGAGGUAACGAGUGCGCCAUCGGCAGGAUCCGUCGAGCUAGUCGCCAUCGGUAAGGAGUCAGCCGAGGACUCACCAGCAAAGCACCAGCAACCACAGAAGGCCGUCGUCGCCAUGUCGCAAAGCACAAAGCCGGUGUCGAAGGUGGACAAAGACCUCCCGGAGCGUGGUUCCUGGGGGUCGAAGCUGGACUUUAUCCUGUCGGUCGUCGGUUUGGCGAUCGGGUUGGGCAACGUGUGGCGCUUCCCGUACCUGUGCUACAAAAAUGGGGGUGGUGCGUUUUUGAUACCGUACUUUGUCACACUGUUCCUUGCCGGCAUACCGAUGUUCUUCAUGGAGCUGGCACUCGGACAGAUGUUGACGAUCGGUGGGCUGGGCGUAUUCAAGAUAGCGCCCAUCUUUAAAGGUAUUGGAUAUGCAGCGGCAGUGAUGUCCUGCUGGAUGAACGUGUACUACAUCGUCAUCCUAGCGUGGGCCAUAUUCUACUUCUUCAUGUCGUUGCGUGCAGAUGUACCUUGGCGAACGUGUGACAAUGCGUGGAACUCGAUCAACUGCGUCAAUCCGUACGAUCGCAAGGACCUGCUGUGUUGGGAAACGCUCGGCGUGAACGGUACGCUCACCAAGAUUUGCUCGCUAAACUCCAACAAUGUGUCCAUGAGCGAUCUGGCCGAUCCGGUUAAGGAGUUCUGGGAACGCCGAACGCUGAUGAUCUCGAGCGGCAUUGAUCAGGUCGGAUCGAUCCGCUGGGAACUCGCCGGAACGCUGCUGCUGGUGUGGAUCCUGUGCUACUUCUGCAUCUGGAAGGGUGUCAAGUGGACUGGCAAGGUCGUGUACUUUACUGCCCUGUUUCCGUACUUCCUGCUAACCAUCCUGCUGAUCCGUGGCAUCACGCUUCCCGGUGCAUUCGAAGGCAUCAAGUUCUACGUCAGUCCCAACCUAUCGAAGCUAGCCGAAUCGGAGGUGUGGAUUGAUGCAGUCACACAGAUCUUCUUCUCGUACGGUCUCGGUCUCGGAACGCUGGUCGCUCUCGGCAGUUACAACAAAUUCAACAACAAUGUGUACAAAGAUGCCCUGAUUGUGUGUACCGUCAACUCGAGUACCAGUAUGUUUGCCGGGUUCGUGAUCUUCUCCGUCGUCGGCUUUAUGGCACACGAGCAGCAGCGUCCAGUGGCCGAAGUGGCCGCGUCCGGGCCAGGUCUAGCGUUCUUGGCUUACCCAUCGGCCGUCCUACAGCUGCCGGGCGCACCGCUCUGGUCGUGUCUGUUCUUCUUCAUGCUGCUGCUGAUCGGUCUCGACUCGCAGUUCUGCACGAUGGAGGGCUUCAUUACGGCGGUGAUUGACGAGUGGCCCCAUCUGCUGCGCAAGCGCAAGGAAAUUUUCAUCGCCAUCGUGUGUAUGAUCAGCUAUCUGGUUGGACUGACGUGUAUUACGGAGGGCGGUAUGUAUGUGUUCCAAAUUCUUGACUCGUACGCGGUGAGUGGCUUCUGUCUGCUGUUCCUGAUGUUCUUCGAGUGCGUGUCGAUCUCGUGGGCCUACGGUGUGGACCGCUUCUACGACGGCAUCAAGGACAUGAUCGGCUACUAUCCGCUGUCGUGGUGGAAGUUCUGCUGGGUCAUCACUACUCCUGCCAUCUGUGUCGUAAGUAUUCGGUAGCAAGGUAUUAACUGUUCGAUGUGACGCCUUACUGUGAGUGUGUGAAUGAGGAACGAGUGAAUGAGAAUUUACAGGUGUCUAUCCCGUCAACUCAACGCCUUGGAAGGUAAAUUAUAUUUAUAAGGGAUUGGGACUUAAAAUGGGGUAAAGGAAUUACUAACAUUCUUUCACAGACUGCUGUUGGAGCACUGGAGAACGGAGGCCUUAAAAAUAUUGCUGGAGCUUUAUUUUGAACCCAUGUGAUGUGAAAAUACUUAGUUGCAAAUAAAUUCUUAUAACGAUUAUUUA